AACCAUUCACCCUAGUACUGUUAACGAAGAAAACCAUAUACGCCUUUCAACUUCUACUUCUCCAAGGGCUAUCUUCAGUUCUCCAUUUCAGUCUCGUGGCUGAUUCGAUUCUAUCUGCGCAACUGCUGUGAAGAUGGGCAAAAGAAAGAAAUCUAGGGUUUCGCGCGAAGAAAAGGAAGUCAAAAUGGAGGAGGAACGGCAAGAAGAGGAGGAGGAGAAUGAGCAUCAGAGUGAUACCGAGACCGCCGAUCAGUCCUCCGGCGACGACAAGAGCCUCUACGAGGUUCUUGGUGUUCAGAAGACAGCAUCUCAGCAAGAGAUAAAGAAAGCGUACCACAAAUUGGCCUUGAGACUCCAUCCGGACAAAAACCCUGGCGAUGAGCAAGCAAAAGAGAAGUUUCAGCAACUACAGAAGGUCAUAUCCAUCCUUGGAGAUGAGGAAAAACGUGCACUUUAUGACCAAACUGGUUGUGUUGAUGAUGCAGACCUUGCAGGGGAUGUUGUCCAAAACUUGAGGGAAUUUUUCAGAUCUAUGUACAAAAAGGUUACUGAAGCUGAUAUAGAGGAGUUUGAAGCAAAUUACAGAGGAUCUGAUUCAGAGAAAAAUGAUUUGAUUGAGCUUUAUAAGCAGUGCAAGGGUAAUAUGGAUAGGGUCUUUUGUUCAAUGCUGUGCUCUGAACCUAAGCUUGAUUCUCACCGUUUUAAAGACAUUCUGGACGAGGCAAUCUCUGCAGGGGAACUGAAAGCCACAAAGGCAUACGACAAAUGGUCAAAGAAGAUCUCUCGAGUGAAACCGCCUACAAGUCCCUUGAGAAGAAGGGGGAAGUCAUCAACUAAAGACUCAGAAAGCAACUUGCUUGCGGUCAUAUCCCAGCGGCGGAGCGAGAGGAAAGAUCGAUUCGACUCCAUGUUCUCUUCACUUCUCUCCAAAUAUGGCGGGGCUGGUGGCACUGGCACAUCUUCAGAACCAACAGAGGAAGAAUUUGAAGCCACGAGGAAGAAAAUGGAAAGCAGAAGAGCGUCCAAGAAGGUUAAGAGAAACUAGUAGAACUACAACCUUGCUGUAGGCUGUUUUUAAGUUGCCAAACAAUUCAGAUUCUCGUACAGAAAUUAUGCUUUGGUUAUCUGAAUUCCAUUAUCAGAUGCUUUCGACUCGUUAGAGAAAACGUUAACAGCAUUCUGUGUUCGAACCCCUUGAGACUACCAAACAAGCAAACCCUAUAAUUAGCUGGACAGAUCCUCAUCCUUGACAGCAGAUGGUUGCAAUAUUAUUGUCAUCAUUCAUUACCUUCAAGCUGUGUGCCUAAUUAUUUGAAGUUAGGAUUUGGGGAUCA